AUGGGAUGCAGUAUAUGCAGAACUAGGUUGAACUUCGGGAGAGCGCUGUCCAAAGUGUCUCUGUUCUUUACCAUGCUCCUAAUCUUUAUGUAUUUCUUCUACUGCUUUUCCGGACUCUGCAAUUCUAUACCACGCACACAAUUUAAUCUACAAACUUUAACUCCCGAGUAUGCUUCUCAAAACGAGCUUAAGGAGAGAGAUGGAUCAGCGGUACGAAGUGUUUCAUACGAUGAAGUCCUUCUGGCAUCUUCGAGUAUACAGCCGCAGAUACCGGACAGUAUAGAGCGUGAAUCUCUUCCUAGUAACGGUAUAUCUGUUUCCAAUACCUUUGGAAGUAAGAAAUUUCCCCAAGCUAUCAUAAUAGGUGUCAAGAAAGGCGGAACAAGGGCUCUAUUGGAGUUUCUGCGGAUUCAUCCCGAUGUGCGUGCAGUUGGUGCGGAGCCUCAUUUCUUCGACCGGUUCUAUGACAAGGGACUUGAAUGGUACAGACACUUGAUGCCUCGGACAAUUGAUGGGCAGAUCACAAUGGAAAAGACGCCUAGUUACUUUGUGACCAAGGAAGCCCCUUCUCGCCUCUGUGCCCUGAACUGCCAGACCAAGCUCAUUGUGGUUGUGCGGGACCCAGUGACCAGGGCUGUGUCUGACUACACCCAGACUCUGUCAAAGAGCCCCGGUCUACCUUCCUUUGAGACCUUGGUCUACAAGAAUGCCACUUCGAGAACCAUUGACGUGUCCUGGAGCGCCGUGCGCAUUGGAAUGUAUGCUAAGCACCUGGAAAACUGGCUCCAGCAUUUCCCGCUGUCCAGCUUCCUGUUUGUGAGUGGAGAGAGGCUGGUCAGUGACCCGGCGGGAGAGAUGGGCCGAGUACAGGACUUUCUUGGUCUGAAGCGCAUCGUUAGCGACAAGCAUUUUUACUUCAAUCAGACCAAAGGCUUUCCCUGCCUGAAAAAGCCAGAGGGCAGCAGCCGGCCUCGUUGCCUGGGCAAAUCUAAAGGCAGGACUCAUCCUCAUAUCCCUGCAGAGGUGCUACAGAAUCUCAGGGAAUUCUAUAGACCAUUCAACCUCAGGUUCUACCACAUGAGUGGGCAGGACUUUGGCUGGGACUGA